AUGGCCGAUGAUCUACCUACCGAAUUUGACGUAAUCGUUAUAGGCACAGGAUUAAGCGAAGCAAUUACUGCUGCAGCUUUAACCCGAAUUGGUAAAAAAGUACUUCAUGUCGAUAAGAACGAUUACUAUGGCGGACAGUGGGCUGCAUUUACGUUUGAUAAGUUGUUAGCAUGGAUUGAAAAAGCAAGGAAUUUAAAGUCUGGUGAAAAGCUACCGCCAUAUAUUCAGGAUACCGAUACAAAUCAGAAACGCCUACUAUUAUCCAAUGAUGUAUUAACUACAUUAAAUCUUGAAGUGGAAUGCUACUGUGAUAAAGCUCCAGAGAUAAUGAAAGAUGAUAGGAGUACUGACGGUGAUGAAAUAUAUAAUAUAGAAGAAAUUGAAAUGGCCCAAAGUCAACGUGAUGCUGAUAACGAUGAAAGUUCUGAAUCGCCGCAAUCCCAAGAUCCAUCUUCAGAAGAUGUUGAAAAGACACCAAAUCAACAUGACGCAGAUAAGAGUGAAAAUUCUAAAUCACCCCAAUUACAAGCUCCGUCCUCUGGCGUAGCUGAUCAAGUCGGUUCAAACCAAGCAAUUAGAGAUAGGACAGCAAAAGAAUUUACGUAUCAAGAUUUAAAAGAUCUAUGGAGGCGCUUUAGUAUAGAUUUAUUGCCGAAGUUAUUGUUGUGCCGGGGACCUCUUGUGGAAUUAUUAAUUAAGUCCAAAGUUGCUCGCUAUGUCGAAUUCAAAUGUGUAACAAAAAUUUUAACUUAUAGAGGCAAUCGACUCGUCCAGGUACCUUGUUCGAGAUCUGAAGUCUUUUCCACCAAUUUAAUGUCAAUGUUAGAAAAAAGAAUGCUGAUGAAAUUUUUGAGCUUUUGCAUAGAGUAUGAAAAGCACGAAGAUAAAUUUAAAGAAUAUGAACAGCGACCUUUUUCUGAUUAUCUCAAGUCUUGGCGUCUCAGUGAGGAUUUACAACAUUUUAUUAUUCAUUGUAUAGCAAUGGUGGAAAAAAACGUUACAACUAUUGAGGGAUUAGCUGCUGCACAAUGUUUUUUGCAGUCUCUCGGCCGAUUUGGAGAAACCCCUUUUCUGUGGCCAUUAUAUGGGGUUGCAGAGUUGCCGCAAGCUUUCUGUCGACUUUGCGCUGUCUUUGGUGGCAUCUAUUGCUUACGGAUGACAGUACCUUCGUUAAUUAUUGAUGAGACUUCGAAUAGAUGUACAGGAAUUAUUACUGAUGAAGGGCAGAAAAUAUCCUGCAGUAAUGUCAUCAUUGACAGUAGUUAUUUACCGUCUGCCCUUUUAUCUGAUGAACCCGAUAAAGAAAAAUCAAUAUCUCGAGCUAUAUUUAUUACCAACAAAUCAAUUUACCCUACUGAAACAGAUGAGGUGAUUUUAUUCUCCCUACCUUCCAGUGAUCUUAGUUAUUUAAUACGUGGACUAGAAAUUUCUGCUGGCUCUAUGGCAUGUCCUGAGGGAUUGUAUAUCGUGCACCUAACCUGCUUAAUGAAAUCGAAUGCUAAAGAUGAUCUACAAGAAGUUACCGACUCUUUAUUUAAUUUUGAAGAAAAUUCAGGUAAAGAUGGUAACAAAAAGCCAAAAGUCUUAUGGUGUACUUAUUUUAAUCAAAUUGGUUACAAUGUGAAGGAGAGACUGCCAUCAAACAUUUUAACCGUAGAUCCAAUAGAUAGCGAAAUGAGUUUUAAAUCUAUCGUAGCAAAGGCAGAAAAUAUGUACCAUAACAUUUGUCCUAAUGAAGAGUUUAUUCCUUCUCCUCCUGAUCCUGAAGAUAUCAUUAUCGAUGAUACUUCUCCGCAAAAGAAUGGUAAAGAAACUGGAGAGAAUGCUGGAUUUUCCGGCUGCGAAGAAAACGAAGAAAUCCGAAUGGAAGAUAAUGAGGAUGAAAAUACGAGUACAACUUCAUCACUGAAACCUAAUGAAAUGUGA